GCAAAAAUCGAGCAGUAAGUGGCCAUGUGGUGCUUAUUUUUAAUGAAUAGUGAUAAUUUAACAGUGAAUUUCGUAAACCAAGCUGCAAGAUUACGGUUACGGUUAUGUACGUUGAGUCGUAACGUAUACCAUUCGUAACGCUCCCAAAAAUAAUUUGCUGUGGGUGGACGGGCCAUUGAAGCACGAACUUCAUCCAGCUCAUUUUUAACGGAACAAUAAAACGUAUUACGCGUCAUUAUUGCAGGGAUUCCUUGCUGUGACGAGAAUUCGUGUAGAAAAAUAUGGCCCAAAAGGACCACCCUAUCGAAUUUAACCAAAAUGAGGAAGACGCUUCAAACUUCAGGAAAAGAAAGUACCCUUUUAGUCACAUGGAUCCUUAUUCCGAACAGUUCGUCAGUACGUCCGACCCAGAAUCAACCACUAAGUUCACCACGUACGAAAAAAAACAAGGUAUAGGCCAACACUUAGGCGGCGAAUACCAGUACCUAAUGUGCGCCUUAUACGCCCUAAAAUUCUGCGACGACGACCGUAUCAGCGACUUCCAACUGACCACAAACAACAACAAAUACAAAGUUUUCGACGACAUCACGAUCGAAAUAACGUUGAAAGACAGCUCGGAGGUGGUUUUCACGUUCCAACUGAAACACGGCGAACCCCAGAGAAACCUAACGAUUGGCGACUUCGUGCGCCAAAACCUGAAGAACAAGAGCUACCUGAAGAACCCCUACUGCUUGACGAAACACAUCGAGUUCGUCAAGAGUAUCGAGAAACAGAAUAUAGUUUGUGUUUUAUUCACAAACAACACAGCGAGCUUGGUGGACGGCUUGGAGUUAGAUUUCGAAACGGACAAGGUUUCAGUGAAGCUGUGCGACGAUUUUGUUUACACGAAUUUGCUAGUUAACACUCAGUCGGUGAACGGUGGCGAUAUUUUUCGCUUGACGACUAGUGGCAAAACCGACUACGACAACGCGUCGAGGCAGUUCUACAUUUUCACCAAUCAGAACAACGUUUAUAGGACCAAACAAAUCAUUGAAGACGAACUAAGGAAGUUGCUUCGGUGCGACGUUUACGGGUUUUUCGAUUUCAUGAAGAACUGGUGGGCUGGCAACUUCGUACUUGGGAAAACUGACAUGCUCACGAAAUUGACUGAAUUGUCGCUUGGGCCGUAUUCGAGGACCUUGUCGGCCGACAAGUCUAACGACAAAUCAAGGGAGUUGGCUAAGAGCAUCAUGAAGUUCGAUACCACGAUAGUGGAAGGUUUUGACCACAGCGUAAUCAGCUCAAUUUGGGACAUCACAGAGAUGUUGCGAAAAAUACAGACGUUGGAGACCGACUUCGAAAUGCUGGCGUUUUCCCUUGGUACCAGUCUCCAACUAGAAAGUUUCUGCUUAGCUGCACUCAAAUACGGACUUAAAAGUAUGCCUGCUUCUACGGGUACUAAAAAACUUUCAUCUGACGAAAUUAGAGACGUUGUGACGUCUUUGUCACUCUCGCAAAUCACCAAAGUAUUGUGGUACCUCGAUGUGGUACCACUCGUGGUGAAAAUCAGUCACGAAAAUCGCGAGCAGGUAGAAGCGGUACUCAGUUUGUGGUGGACCCACUUCAAAAGAAAGAAAAUCGUGUUGGUGGGUCCAGUGGACAAGGAGAAAAUCCAAGAAAAGUGGAAACUUUUGUGUACCUUGUCGGAUUUUGAAAAGUACGACAGGAACCGCGUUAUGACCUCGUUUCAGGUUUCCUUGCAAGGGAAAUCCGCUAUUCCGUUGAAACAGUUGCUACAUCUUGAUAAACACGUUGCAGAUAUAUUUGGAGUUCGAGAGUUGCUAGAAAUGACACAAGAUGUUUUAGUCGUUGGGAAAAAAGAUGUCACUUGUCCUAGUCCCUACGUGGAAAGAACCCUUUCGGCUACAUUGCUCGAAACUAACAAGGUCUUGAAAGCCUACGAAAACAACACCGACGCUUUAAUCAUCAUCAACUGUGAAAAGACGCUACAUUUUGCUGCAAACCCGUUCGUGAUGGUAGAACUGACUGAGUUCUUGAAAAACCGGCACUAUGAUGACCGCCUCAAUGUAAUCAUAGUGUCAACGAAGAGCAAAUGCAACACCAUCCAGUUUGAGAGUGUGCAGCGAUUUACCCACAAAUCGGUUUACUUGCUUCAAGUAGUAAACGACACGUCUUGCGUUUUACUAUCGAAGACAGGUGACGCGCUACCACUGGACGAAUUGAAGCAGGAAUCGCAAUCCGUGGAAGAUAGAAAAGUCCUAACCUAUUUCAAAAACCCACUGAACUGCUUAGUGGGUCCUGUGGCUUCCGGAAAAUCGACUUUGUUGGCUCACCUAGUAAACCAGUGUCCGUCCCAUUCGUGGACCGUUUACGUCAACCUUAAAACCGCCAAUACGAUUUUAGAAAGUAAUCCCGACUAUGAGGAGUUGUUGCGCCACUUUCUACAACUAUCAGACGAAGACAGUUUUCUUAACAAGUUCAAACACUUUGUAGUGAAGACCAAGAAGUUAUAUUUGUUUCUGGAUGAACUUGACCAGGUGACCCGCAUCGAUUUUGUUCUGGAUUUUGUGAGGUGGAUGGCUUGUGCGGGUGUGUUUGUUUGGGUGGCGGCACGUGACUACUUGGAAGAGAAGAUCGUCACGUGUUUAAACAUAGUACCUGUCAAACUUCAAGCCUUGACCCAAAUCGAGCAAAAUAGGGGACCGUUAUUUGGCAUCUUUAGUAGUCGUGGGGUUGCCAAAAUGGUGUACAAAAGUUUGGAAAUGGCGGACAGCGCACUCUCCCUUGCCACUCCUUUAAAUAUAAGAACUAUAGCGGAUUUUGUGAAGGACCAAACAGUACUGGAACGUUUGAAGUCGCAGAAGGUGCUACCAUUACCAGUACUGGUCACUUGGUUGUUCGACGGCAUUUUCAAACACUACCUCAGUAAAAUGAGUCCCGAAUCCUCUAUGGUUUUAGUCACACUUAAAGACUACUACCUAGAGCAGUACCAACUACUCGCUUUAAAAAGUUGUCUAGAAGAAACGAGCUGCUACAAGUUGCUCCGGAACCCACGACGUGCUGACACGUUUCUUGGUCACUUACAACAACACGGAGACAACUUGGGUAUCGUUACCUCAGUGGAAAAUCAGCCGGUUUUCUUCCACCGAACCUUUGCUGAGAGUCUCGCAAGCUUAUGGUUGAGCGAAAAUCUACAAUACCCGUGGAGUCCUGACAAAAACUACUUCUCGUCGGGCUUGCGGUUCACCCUCGAUGUACUCCUUUCAGAGAAUAAUCCUCAACACUUAUCCAUCAUCUAUCGAGACUUUGACAACGUAGUACCCCCUUACGACGAGUCGAAAGAUAAAGGUGGCCGCACACUCCUCCACUUGGUUUGUUCCUACGGAAACCACUACCCUCCGAAACCCAACUACCACGAGCGUCUAAAUCGAGAAUCGCCUUCGUACGUCGAACUCGUGGAGCAGUUGAUGAAGGUCCAAGACCCUUCAAACCGCGAUGAUCUCUUUAGUUUCACGACUAUUACGUACGCGGUUCGCUGUGGAUGUUUGCUCCCGCUGGACAAAGUCGUCGAUCUUUCGCCCUAUCGUAACGAACUCCUCGAAGCCUACGAUACCAAAACUCUAGCCUUUUAUUGUUCCCAGUUAGGGUACCUUAAGUUGUUGGGUUUCGUGAUUGAGAAGGACCCAAGUGUCCUGAACGACACCUUCGACGGGUUUUCGUUACCAGAACUGGCAGUUUUGGGUGCUAAAGACGACGAUUAUCAGUCGCCCCGACCCGGGAAUGUCAAGGUCGCGGAAAUGUUGAUACAAAGGUGCGACAACGAAGACGUUCUCUCACGAAUGUUGACUUUAGCGUCUACGAACCAGUGCUACGACAUGGUGGAAGUUUUAAGUCGCCUUGAUUCCAAAAAGACUAAAGGAAAGACCUUGUUACAUGUAGCCGCAGAAAUGGGUACUUUGAAUGAAGAAAUGUUGAAGUUGUCUGUGAAAAAAGAUACUGAUUUGAGUGUGCUAGAUGAGGAGGGUCGGACUCCUCUUCAUAUUGCUUCUGAGAAGGGAUACGUCAACAUUGUCCAGUUGUUGCUGGACAAGGGGGUUUUGAUCAAUUCCCAGAGUGUGUCAAAAUGGACUCCUUUACACUACGCUGUGAAGUCCUCAAAUGUAGACGUGGUUAAAUUUUUGGUCGAGAGAGGUGUGGAUAUCAACGUGCGUGAUUUUGAAGGGCGUACUUCGCUUGACUUAGCACACAAGUGUGGGAAUGAAAAGUACGUGAAGUUUCUUUUGAAGGGUGCUUUGGACUGGAAACAGGAAGAAAAACUUUCUAGCGAUUUCCAAACGAACUUGACUAUUCAUAAGUCGGAAAAAAUGGAGACCGCGACCUAUUCCGAACCACGCAAGUCGACUGAAUUCCCAGAACAGACUUUCAAAAAACGAGCAGGUACUACGGACAAAGGAAGAGACUACGAGAUUCUUAUUCUAGCCAAUUUGAUAUUCAAACUAGUCACUGACACCAACGUAACAAAUUUUUCGGUUUCAGCUAAUGACGAAAGUUUUGGUUACUUCGACGAUAUUGUUGUUAGUGUGGCAACACAAACAAACGUAACCACUUACGCGCUACAAGUGAAACAUACAGUCCGAGGCAAACCCAUUACUGAAAAACAAUUAACCCAAAACAGAGGGAUGUUCAGUUUAACAAAAUCGUUUCAGUCUUUCAAAGAAAUGUCCGAGGGUUCCUGCGACUUAAUCUACUUCACAAACGCUAAAUUAUUUCUUCCUGAGAACAAGGAACUGAAUUUCGACGAUGAACAUCUUAAAGUCCGAGUGGUCCAAACAUCCCCAGACAGUUUUCUAAGUACAACGAAUGAAGAAGAUGCGUGCUAUAAAUUCAAACUAGGCGACCUCGAGGACACAAAUUUGCAACUAAAAGAUAAAUACCAGCACUUUUUUGAUCACUUUUACAUGUACACGAGUCAAGAAAGCGUUGAUCAGGUGGAGCAAAGACUGUGUACAGAUUUUACCUCCACCUUUGGUUGUACUAGAUCCGUUUUUGCCCAGUAUUUGAACUUCAUAACAACGUGGAGCAUGCGCGAUGGAACGAAAGAAAAGUUGGCGAAAACAUGGGUUGAAUCUGCUAUUGCUUUGAUUUUGCUGAGUUCUUGCGUUAAACCACUAUCUUUUGGACCAGUCAACGACAAAAUGAGACUAUUGCGAGACGCAAUAGCGAAAUUUUGGGUGACAGUAGUUGAAGAUAGGGCCUACGAUGUUGUUAGAAAGUUGUGGGGUGAUUUGAAAACAGAAAACGACGACUUGAAGUUACUUAACAAAGUCGCCUUAAAGUACCAGUUGUUGAGGUAUUUCACCAAUACUGACGAAAUUGAUGACAAAUUAAUGAACAUGUUGUUGUGGAUAUUGGGGAAGUGCCCGCUGAUCGUAUCUCAAGAUGACUGCCUGCCCAGCACGCUCGAUUUAUGUCAAAACAAAAAUUUUGUAGUGGUCGGAAAGUACACGAACGUCCACGAAAAUGUAUUUCGCAAACUGUCCGAUUUAAAAUGGUCAAAAGAAGUUUAUGACGAGAUUCUAAAACGGUUUAGAUUCCUGGUACAAGGUAACGAAGAAAUUGAUUUAGAAUUUUUGACUACACUGGACUCGAAGUUCGUCGAUUCAGUCACACCGACUGACCUUGUAGAUAUGGUAGAAACGACUUAUCGCGUCGGGGGCGAAAAGAACCUUUCGAGCGUCUACUUGACCCGAUUUUUGUCCCGAAAUGUCAUUUCUUCAAAAUACUUGGAAAAAAUAGACCCCACAAACACUCUAGUUUUGUUAUGUGACGCGAAAGGUACCAACUUGCGUACUGUCCCUGAUCGUAGCGACCUUUUUUCCAAGAACGAGCUCCCUUUGAAAAAAUUCGACGAUUGGUGUACUUCGGUGAGUGCGAAAGUGUUUCAUUAUUUUAAAAUCAUUGAAGAUGGUAACCUUGAGUGGUUACAAAGUAAAGGAGGUGUGGAGGACCUCCACCAAUACCAAAUGUCGGGUUAUUUUGUCGAAGAAGCAGAAGUUUACUCAGAUUGUCAAAGUAAAGUCAAUGUCAUUUGCGCCGAGCCUGGCAUGGGAAAAAGCGAGUUACUAAAGAGGUUGAAAAGUGAGAUGAAACCGUUGACUGUACUUUUGACUAUGAGUGAGAUGUCGUCACUCGGUACCCACUUGAAUGAAAAAUCUUUAGACGAAAUUCAAGAAACCAUUUUUAAGUUAGUGUUUGCGGAGUGUGAGCCCCUAGAAGAGAAAAUCGUGAAGGUACUAAUCAAAAGCGGCCAGGUUUGCUACAUGUGGGAUGGUUUAGAUGAGUUGACCAAUGAAAACAGAGCUUUGAUAAUCGACCUGGUCAAGCAGCUGUCGUCAAGGAGCUUAACGCAAUGGAUCACCGCACGCAGUACCCUGAAAAAAGAACUCGAACACAAAUUCGGUGUUCUAGCCAGAAGUCUACGCCCACUUACCAGCGAAGAACAAAAUUGCUACAUUAGGAUGUAUCUUGAAACCGAAAAUGAAAGAAACGCCCUAGACAAAACACUCAUUAAGAUAAAAUCUCUACCGGGUGUAUCCAUUAAUGAAAUUCUAGCUUACCCUUUACAACUCCACAUAUUGUUGAAAUUACUCCAAACCGACAUCUCGUUCCACAAACUUUCUCUAGGCGACUUGUACAGUCAGUUCAUCGAACAGAAGUACAACACCUACAUAGGACAAAAAACGAAAAUAGACACGAUUGACCCCAUGAUGAAAAAAAUUUUCGAACGCCACAAGAAAUCAGUCUUUGAAAACUACGAGAAAAUCGCUGUGCGUACGCUAUGUCCAGAACACGUACAAGAACAGAGUUUCGUGGACGACGAACUUGAAGACUACUUGGGCUUGUUAACAAACGGACACUUUAUUAAUUCGUCGUUUGCGGAGUACUUUGCUGCCUGUUAUCUCCAAAGAUCUAGGACGAACUUGAUUUUUCUCUUUGACACGAAGUACUCAAACGUGAGGUUCUUCUUCGACCUUCUUUUGGCGAAAAACUCCGUUGCGCACACCGCUGUUGUACACAAAGAUUUUGACUUGUUGAAAACGCAAGAAGGGUUUGAAAAAAGUAAAGAUUUGGGGGGGAGGAGUGUGUUGCAUUUGGCUUGUUCGUGGGGUACACGGUACCCCGUGUUGAAUGUCCAGAAGAAUCCAGACGGUUACGUUAUAGACGACUGUACCUCUGAAAUGGUUAAAGAAGACCCCGACUAUUUGAAAAUCGUGGAUUUUUUGUUGGAGAGGUGUGACACUAUGGACGUUGAUGAUUUGUUCAAGAUGACACCCGGUGCCUACGCGGACGCUACUAAUUCGGUUUUCGCUAAAAUAAAAAUUUUGCUGAAAGAACCCAAAGUGUGUCGUGUUGUAGAUGAAGAUUUAACUAAAAUUUUGUAUUACUCAGUCAAGUUUGGCGUGAGUGAGGUUAUAGAUUUGUUCAAGGACAUUCCUUUAGUGUGUACUGCGACGGAUCAGAACUCUUUGCUACACCUCGCAGUUCACGAUGUGAAGAUAGUGGAGAAAUUGCUCCAGUUUGGGACCUACUUAAAGUGUGUUAAUUUGAGAAACAAAUAUGGCGAGACACCUCUCCAUUUAGCUAGUCGGUUAGGAUAUAGGGAUAGUAUGUUAGUUUUGAUUCGAUUUGGUUCAGAUUUUAACAGUGUUAACACGAAUGGCUUAUCACCACUACAUCUGGCGUGCCAGAAUGGGCAUACAGCAUCCAUCAUGGUACUUAUUGAGUCAGGAGCAAACCUUGAUGGUUAUGCAAAUGAUGGUACCACACCUCUACAUUUAGCUUGUCAAAGUGGAAACGGUAAAUGUGUAGAAAUGUUGAUUCGAAGUGGAGUAAAGAUAAAUGUUCGUAAUAAAGACGGCAUUACACCUUUACAUAUAUCCUGCCAAACUGGAAAUGUCGAAAUUACCGAAAUGUUGGUUCGAAUAGGUGCAGAGAUCGACGUCCUCACGAGUAAUGGUCAUACUCCGUUACAUGUAGCUUGUCAAAAUGGACACCUGGAGUGUGUAGACAUCUUGAUCAAAUGUGGAGCGAACGUAGACAGAUGUUCAGCAGAUGGUACCACUGCACUACAUUUAGCUUGUCAAAGUGGAAACGGUAAAUGUGUAGAAAUGUUGAUUCGAAAUGCAGUAAAUAUAAAUGUUCGUAAUAAGAACGGCAUUACACCUUUACACGUAUCCUGUCAAACAGGAAAUGUCGAAAUUACCGAAAUCUUGGUUCGAAUAGGUGCAGAGAUCGACGUCCUUACGAAUAAUGGUCGUACUCCGUUACAUUUAGCUUGUCAAAAUGGACACCUGGAGUGCGCAGAGCUCUUGAUCCAAUGUGGAGCAGACAUAAAUAGAUAUUCAGAAGAUGGUACCACUGCACUACAUCUAGCUUGUCAAAGUGGAAGUGCUAGAUGUGCAGAAUUGUUGAUUCACUGUGGAACAAAUAUAAAUGUUCCUAAUAAGGACGGUAUAACGCCUUUACACGUAUCCUGCCAAACCGGAAACCUCGAAAUUACCGAAAUGUUGGUUCAUUCAGGUGCCAAUGUCAGUGCCCUUGCGAAUACUGGCCCUACUCCAUUGCAUUUAGCUUCUGAAAACGGACACUUGAAGUGUGUGGAGUUCUUGAUUCAAUGUGGAGCCGACAUAAAUAGAUCUUCAUCGGAUGGUACCACUGCACUACAUUCAGCUUGUCAGAGUGGAUCAGUCGAUGUUGUUAAGAUGUUAUUACAAUUAGGAGCUGGAAUCAAUGUGGCGUCUAGUGAUGGUACCACACCGUUACACUUGGCUUGUGAAAAAGGCAGGGAUGCUGUUGUUCGUUUGCUUAUUGAAUGUGGUGCCGAUGCCACUGCUACUAAUUUUGAUCACAUGACGCCCUUGGGAAUAGCGCUUCGGGAAAAUCAUAAGCAGAUUGUAGAACUUUUAAAGAGGUUUCAUAAGUGACAGACAAACGAAAAAUGAGACGUUUACCUGUCAGCGAAUGUUAUAAGGAAUACAAUGACGAGGAGACGUUUCUUUGCUUCACAGUAUGUGACUGUGAAGGAAAAAAACCUGAUUAGUACAGUUAUGUACAAUACUAAUCUUUAUAUAAUAAUGUAUGUAUCUGUAACGAUUUAAUUCGUAUUAACAAUAUUUUUUUAUUAAUGAA